AUGUCGGAACCUCUCGUCGCCAAGAUUAGCGAGCUAGUCUCUGCUCUCAGGGACAUCGCCCCUGUUCUACCAGAGGUUCUGGCCCGGUUGCCCGUCUGCUUGGUUGUUGCAUUGACGCCGUGGCUUGUGGCCCGCGAUAUCCAACAACCGAUCUGUGUCCGGAGAUGGAUUGACAGCCUCUUGGUUAUUAAGAUGUUGAUCUGCUCUGGACUCAUUGCCCUCCAGACACCCGCUCUCUGGUUUGCUCCAUCAACGGCGCCGCUUUGUGAUUGGCUUACGUCCAGUCUUGACACUUUUGCCAUUUCGGAAGCGUUUUCCCUGCUUGUGAUGGUAUAUUUCCAGCAUAUGCGUAGCCCAAAGCCGUCGGUACUGCUGAGCUUCAUGUUGCCUGCUUCGGCGGGUGCUGAUUUCGCCACGGCCACCAUCUUCCAAGCUGCCCCCUUUGCAAGCAAGCACGAGACAUAUUACUUGUCCGCUAUGUUGAAAAUCGCCUUACUGGUGUUCCAUGAAGUUUCUAAAAACUCAUACUUCAACGCCAAUUAUUCGACGGUCGUGAGCAGCAAUGACGCUGGCGGAUUCUGGAGCCAAACUCUGGGCCUCUCUCAGACACCCGUCAUCAAAUAUGGACGGACGCAUGAACUGUCUAUCAAUGACAUAUCCGAUAUUCCAACAGCUCUUCUUUCGGCAAACAUGUAUGCCAAGUUCCAAAGCGCCUGGCAAAAGCGUCGCCCCAGGAACAAUGCACUCUUAAAGACUUGUAUGGCUAUCAGUCGCCGACAGGUUAUAGAAGCCAUAGUAGCUGGACUUUUCGCUAGCUUACUACAUGCGACAACGCCUCUGUUUAUUGAGGAUAUUGUAUCGCUGUCUCAGUCAUCAGAGAUUGGUUCCGCCAUGGCUGAGCAAAAACAAAUCCUGAUGUGGAUUACGUUUUCCGUCUUUCUAGGACAAGCUGUAUUACGGGGCUACUCUAAGCGUCGCUGUCUGUCCGUUCAGACGGCUACUCAAGGAGCACUUGCCGCUGCCGUAUUCCGGAAGUUAUCGUCCAUUUCUGACAAAAAUCUGGUUCAAGCCGCCAAAGUAACAUUGGUCACCACACACUUGCCGACAGCCGUUGAAGGUAUUGAUAACUUCUUCUCUCUAGCAACCUACCUUAUUGAAGCUAGCGUACAUAUCGUGAUGUUGUGGGCAGCUCUAGGGCCGACAGCGUUAACAAUAGCUGUACUAGUUAUUGGCUGUCUGUCUAUUGGUAUUCGGCUGGGUAGCAGCUUAGCCGAGUCAUCGAGACAGCUAACAGCUGCCACAUCUGCGAGGUCGCAGACAUCUAGCGACCUACUGGCUAAUCUCGAGAAUACGAAACUUCUUGGUCUAGAAGCACAGUUUCAGCUAUCGCUUAUGACUUUGCAAAAGACGGAGCUCAUCAAAUCGUGUGAGAUGGCCAAGUCAAGUUCAAAGCAAAAUAUUAUUGUGAUAUCCUACACGGCUGUCGCAUGUUUGUUUAGCUGUUCAAGUCAUCUAACUCCUCAACAACCUGGGUCCUACUUCAAGAACCUGCCCCUAUUCUUCAGAUCAUUUGUGAUCAUUAACGAACUAUGCUUUGUUAUGGCAAAGAUCACUCAUUACUGGUGGAAAAUACCAACAUCAACUGAAUCAUACACAAAGAUCGAAAAGUUCUUGAAGUUGCCUGCUAAAAAGGUCACUGAGCAAGCCCAACAGUCGGAAACACAACAGCAACCGCAACUACAGUUGGGUGAAACCCAGGGUGUACAGAUGCAGGAUGUCUCUAUUGCACCCGGCCCUGGUGGUCGCCCCCUCCUAUCAAACGUCAAUAUAAGCGUACCAACGGGUGCUACAGCAAUUAUUACCGGAUCACCAGGGACUGGUAAAUCGGUGCUACUCAAUGCAAUUGCAGGACGUAUGUCCAUUACCCAUGGCCGAAUCUCAGUUAGUGGUCGACAUCUUGGCUAUUGUGGUCAAAACAAUUGGCUGCAAUCUCGUUCGGUCAAAGAAAACAUCAUCGGCCCAACCCCAUUCAAUGAGCGCCGAUAUAGCCUCGCUAAAUCUGUUUGCCUUUUGACUGAGGAGAUAUCUCUACUUUCGGGUGCAGAUGAUUGCAUUAUUGGCCCGCACGGUACUGUAUUGAAUCACGCUCUUCAACAGAGGAUCGCUUUAGCAAGAGCUGUUUAUUCCGAAGCCCCUGUCUUAGUUCUGGAUGACCCCCUCAGUGCACAAAGCAAAGAUGUUGGAGAUCGGCUUAUAUCCGGUCUCUUUGGGCCUCAAGGGGUGUUACAGGCUUCCACUGCGAUUAUCGCAACCUCCAAACCUUUCCGAUUCUCGCUUGUAGCAACCACAGCGUAUUGUAUCGAAACGCCCGGAUCCAUACGACACAUGGACCAGAAUCAACUUUUAGGCUUUGGGGUAAAGGCCAGUAAGCCUAUCACAAGUGAUAUGGAUAAUAUUCCUCAAGAGAAGGCUCCAUCCAAACUUCCUAGUCUUGCAACUGUUGCCAGGCAGAUGUCACAAAACAUUCGAGUGGAGAAACCGAUUAGCCUCAACAACUCCAAAGCACCACUCUCGCUCUACCUGAGCAAUGUUGAUAGAGGUCUCAUAAUUUGCUGCAUUGGCAUGUGUAUUUUGGGCUCAGUCUUGGAAAGCUCUCCUCAAAUCAUGCUUCGCAUCUGGUUCGGUUCAACAACGACACGCCAAUUUUCUGUGGUUGGCAGUGCCGUUAUUGGCCUCCUUACGGGUGGCGUAUUCGUUUCCUAUAUCAGUUUAUUCCGCCAGGUCGUCAAACCCCGAUGUUCCAAGGCUAUAUUUAUAAACUUGGUAAACUCUACGUUGAGAACUCCGAUUACGUCGCUCAGCCCAGCUAGGCUAGAAACGCUUCAGAGCUUGUUUACAGAGGGAAUGCGAGUUGUAACUUUCAACUUGCCCGACGCCACCUAUUAUGUUCUUGCUUUUUUGAGUGCGGCACUCGUCGCAUGGGUCACGGCUAUCUCGUGUAUCCCACAGCUCAUCUACGUGUUGCCAAUCUUCCUGGCAUGUGUCGUUGCUUCAAAAUCAUUUUUCCAUCAUUCCUACCGUCAAGCACAGCGCCUGCAUACUGCUUACAAGGACAAGCUGCAGGUCCAUUUUGUUGAGACCAUUGCCGGAGCUGCACACAUUGACUGCCUUAACUGGCAUGUUGGGUAUAGCACUUGGAGUGGUGAAUACGUCGAUGCAUCACAGUCUACGUUCUAUUUCAAAGAGGACCUCAUUAGAUGGCAUCAGGGUAUUUGGCAUAUUAUCAUCGCAGUGCUUGCCUUCAUUUUUGCCGCGGCAUCGAUCUACGCGACCUCCUCUCCUUAUCAGGCUGGCAUUACCAUGGCAGUGUUCCUUGAUCUUUGUAAAAUGAUCAAGGUUUACUUGCCAUCAUGCGUGGAUCUAGAUAUAGGAUUAAGCGUCUUGGAUCAGAUCAGGGAAUUCAUUGCUACCUCUCCGCAAGAAGCUAAGCAAGCAGAUUGUGAGCUGCCCGUGGACUGGCCUGCAGAGGGUGUCAUUGAGUUCAACGACGCUUCGAUUACUCAUGGACCGGAGGAAGCACAGCCAACAGUACAAGGAUUCACUCUCACAGCCCCACCAACCACUAAGAUGGUGAUACAAGAGGCUCCCAGCAGAACUAAAAGUCCUUUCAUCCUGUCCAUGCUGAAUCGCGCCCAAUAUAGGGGCUCUAUCAAGCUUGACGGUGUCGAAAUACGUGAAGUCUCACCCCGCACAAUCUUAUCACGAGUAAACAUCAUCGUGGACAGACCAAUCAUCUUUCCAGGUACCGUUCGCCAGAAUCUACUUCCCCAGGAGCUCCUACACGCUGGGGAUAUGAGAUUAUACACCAGGACUAUGAAGUGUGUUCUAGAGAAACUGAGCAUCUGGGACGUUAUCGAUUCACAAGGUGGCCUCCUUCGACGACUUGAGCAGAUUCAAAUGUCCCCUGAGCAAAUGCAGCGAUUUGCAUUUGCCCAAGGUGUCAUGCGGUACCUCCUGAACAGAACCUCGUUUGUGCUUAUCGAUGGCAUUACGAACUACGUUGACAACGAUAGCAACCUUUUGAUGUCGCGAAUUAUCUCACAGAUCUUCCAACGGAGAUCGGUGAUGAUGGCUGCACACUCCGCAGCAACAUUACAGCGCCCUUACCUGAAUGUUGAAGUAACUGAUGGCGAGGCGGUAGUCAGGGUACGGCCUACGCUGCAACGACAUUAAUAUCGAGAUAAUAAGUAUAAGUUACCCAAAAUAGAGGAAAUAAUUAAAAUGGAGUGCAGGUUCCACCGGGCUCUACCACUUCAAUUUGACGGGCAAUCGUACACCUGUAGUAGACUGUUAUGCGGCAUAUUUGUGAUUGCCUUGGUAGCGCACAUCUUGACUCGACGUCCGUGAUAGAUCCUUUUUCAUUACAUUUGAAGUUUCAGUAUAUAGUAAAUAGUAGAGAGCCUCGAUCAUUUUUCACUCUCGCCUCUGGACGAGGGCUCAAUGACCUCCUUUUCCAAAGUCUUUACUUCGGUGGACUCGUCAUCAGAUUCAUCUGGCUUCAACAACCCACCAUCACGUAGUCUAAUAACAAUGUCCGAGUUCUCAAAGCCAGAUGCACGAUGAGAUACCACAAUUACAGUAGAAUCCUUGAAUGCCGCAUUCAUCCUGUCCUGCAGCUUGCGGUCAGUUUCAUGAUCCAUGGCACUGGUCACCUCGUCCAUGAGAAUAAUCUUAGUCUCAUGAUCUUUGUGGUGAAUUAGCGCGCGGGCAAUGUUGAAUAGUUGUCUCUGGCCGGCUGAGAAAUGAACAUCAUUGAUUUCCAUGCCGAGCCCACCCUUCUUUUGGACUUGCGCAAGAAGACCGACAUCGUCAAGAGCCUGUUCAAGACGGCUAUCCAACUCCUUAUCUGCGUUGCCGUCAUCAUGCAUGAGUUCAAAUGGCAUGAGAUUUCGUCGGAUUGAGCCAGGUAGCAAGAGUGCUUCUUGAGGAAUUGUGGUGAUUUUGUGGCGGAGGGUGUGUCGAGGAAUUUCAGAAAUGUCCACUCCAUCAAUC